AUGGCAAGUUCUGCUUCUCUGGAGACGGUGAUGUCCUGCGGAAGGACCGGGCCCUCCGCGGCCCCUAAGAGUCUCGCCUUCUCCAUAGACCGGAUCAUGUCCAAGAGCUCGGAGCCGAAGGGGAGCGCGGAGGAGCGCGCGGAGGGGAAGAAGCUGUUCUGCUCCCCGAUCCCCUGCAUGAUCCCGCUGCAGCCCUUCAGCUACGACCUGCAGGCCAAGGCGCUGAUGAACUACUCGGAGCUGUGGAGGGCCAGUUUCAGGGGCACUUUUUGCGGUUCCGCAGCCGUUCAGUGCAAAGGGAAUUGCGGCAUGUGUGGCAAAUCGGAGCUGGGCAUGAAGCAGCCGCUGCUGACUGGGAGCAGGGUGGUGAAACCUCAGGUCCUGCACCAGGCAGUGGCCGUGCCCAGCGGCGGAUCGCUGUACUAUCUCAACUACCUGGACUCUGCGUACCAGCAGUCCGAGCUGCUGGCCGGACACUGGUUCUCCAGCCCGCAGGCCCAGGCCUCUCUGUCGGCGCACCACAGACUGCUGCUGCUGGAGAACGCCAAACUGGCCGCGGCGGGGACCGAAAAGCUGCCCACCCCUCAGUACCCGCACAAGGAGCACCUGCCGGGGCAGCUGGACCAGAUAGUGAAGGAGAACCACGGCCUGAGCGCGGAGAAGAACGGGGUGAAGCCCCUUAGCAAACUGGGCAGCGGCGCGAGCAGCGCGGCGGACGGGAAACCCAAAAACUUCACAUGUGAAGUGUGUGGAAAGGUUUUUAACGCUCACUACAACCUGACCCGGCACAUGCCGGUGCACACCGGGGCCCGGCCCUUCGUGUGCAAAGUGUGCGGCAAAGGCUUCCGGCAGGCCAGCACGCUGUGCAGACACAAGAUCAUACACACACAGGAAAAGCCUCACAAAUGUAACCAGUGCGGGAAGGCGUUCAACAGGAGCUCCACGCUCAACACGCACGUUCGGAUCCACGCGGGCUACAAGCCCUUCGUGUGUGAGUUCUGCGGGAAAGGCUUCCAUCAGAAAGGAAACUACAAGAACCACAAGCUGACCCACAGUGGAGAGAAGCAGUACAAGUGCUCCAUCUGCAACAAGGCCUUCCACCAGGUGUACAACCUGACCUUCCACAUGCACACGCACAACGACAAGAAGCCCUUCACCUGCAACACCUGUGGGAAAGGCUUCUGCCGCAACUUCGACCUGAAGAAGCACAUCAGGAAGCUUCACGACAGCGUGUUCACCCCCCCCCCAGAGGCCUCCAGAGAGCUGCAGAGCUGAGGCCCGCUGAAGCCCCCCACUCAUUUCAA